UUCUCCCUCGGCGCUGGGAACAUGGCGGCGGUCGCGGGGAGGGCCCUGCUGCGAGGAACGGUGCGGGGGCUGGUGCUCCCGCGACUCGCAGGGGGCACCCCGGGCCCGGAGCGCGACUUCAGCCUCUCUCACAAUCGGGGCACGGUCAUCGUGGAGCGCUGGUGGAAGGUGCCGCUGGCCGGAGAGGGCCGGAAGCCGCGCCUACACCGGCGACACCGGGUCUACAAGCUGGUAGAGGACACGAAACACGGGCCCAAAGGCAGCCUGGAGCUCAUCCUCACGCAGUCGGUGGAAGGACUUGGAGUCCGGGGUGACCUGGUCUCAGUGAAGAAAUCUUUGGGCCGGAAUCGACUACUGCCUCAAGGUCUGGCUGUAUAUGCAUCCCCUGAAAACAAGAAACUGUUUGAGGAGGAGAAAUUGCUGAGACAAGAAGGAAAAUUAGAGAAGAUCCAGACCAAGGCAGGUGAGAUGGUGAGUAAAAACAUAGAAAGUUGUUACUUAUUUGUCACCUAAGGAGUCACCAAUUUCUUCCUGAGAGGCUCCUUGAUUUCCUUGAAGUCUCCUGAUUUCAGAGACAAGUGUAGGAGAAAGAGGAAAUGUUUGGCUGCCAUAACUGGUAUUGAGACCUCCUGGGAGAUCCUAACUUGUUGGGUGAAGUGCCCUAGCUUAUCGAGAAAGGCUGCAGCCUGAUUACCAGGGGACCCAUGGAAAAGUGUGAGAUGAGGGCUCUGCCUCCAUUGAUAUUUACAGACAAGUCACAGAGAACAUAGACACAUGAGAACGUGAUCAGUAAGCUCAAGGCGGUAGAUUAUAAGAAUGACAUAGAUC